UCUAGUCGAGCGUCGGAUGAAAACAUCCAAACCUCGGCUCGACUGGAGAAUAAAGAAACAUAUAUUUCCUGACAGAAAUUUCAACCAACCUUCAUAAUCAUCUGACUGCACAUAUCGGAGGGGAUUUAGCUCUGCACGACAUGGACCAGGAUUACGAGUGUCGGCUGCUAAGGCAGAUCAACAUUCAGAACGAGAACGCCAGUCCCAUAAAGGCCAUCGAGGCAGUGCGGGCCCUGACACCCACCAACUCGCCGCUGUCGUCUCCCAGCAAACAUGGCGACCGCUUCAUCCCCUCCCGCGCCGGGGCCAACUGGAGCGUCAACUUCCACCGCAUCAACGAGAACGAGAAGUCUCACAACCAGAACAGGAAGACCAAGGAUGGAACUACAGACAGCAGUAAAGCUGAUGGGCUGGCCUACUCGGCCCUGCUGAAGAACGAGCUGCUGGGAGCGGGUAUAGAGAAGGUCCAGGACCCCCAGUCUGAGGAUCGCCGCCUGCAGCCCUCCACCCCCGCCAAGAGGAGCCUGUUCAGCUAUUCUGUCAGUGCGAAGCGCUCUCUCCCUGAGGAUGGUAACACAGUGUCACCAUACUCCCUCUCUCCUGUCAGCAGUAACAGCCAGAAGCUACUGCGGUCGCCACGGAAGCCAACCCGUAAGAUCUCCAAGAUCCCGUUCAAGGUGCUGGACGCCCCGGAGCUGCAGGACGACUUCUACCUGAACCUGGUGGACUGGUCCUCCCUGAAUGUGCUCAGCGUGGGCCUGGGAACCUGUGUGUACCUGUGGAGCGCAUGCACCAGCCAGGUGACUCGUCUGUGUGAUCUCUCAGUAGAGGGGGACUCUGUGACAUCAGUUGGCUGGUCAGAGAGGGGGAACCUGGUUGCCGUGGGAACUCACAAGGGUUUCGUUCAGAUCUGGGAUGCUGCUGCAGGGAAGAAGCUCUCCGUACUGGAGGGACACACAGCCAGAGUGGGGGCGUUGGCGUGGAACGCUGACCAGCUGUCGUCGGGCAGCCGUGACAGAGUGAUCCUGCAGAGGGACAUCCGGGCCCCGCCCCUCCAGUCGGAACGCCGUCUCCAAGGACACAGACAGGAAGUGUGCGGCCUCAAGUGGAGCACCGACCACCAGCUCCUGGCGUCCGGGGGCAACGACAACAAGCUCCUGGUGUGGAACCACUCCAGUGUCCUCCCGGUGCAGCAGUACACGGAGCACCUGGCGGCGGUGAAGGCCAUCGCCUGGUCUCCUCACCAGCACGGCCUGCUGGCGUCCGGCGGGGGCACGGCCGACCGCUGCAUCCGCUUCUGGAACACCCUGACGGGCCAGCCCCUGCAGAGCACCGACACGGGCUCCCAGGUCUGCAACCUGGCCUGGUCCAAGCACACCAACGAGCUGGUGAGCACCCACGGUUACUCCCAGAACCAGAUCCUGGUGUGGAAGUACCCCUCGCUGACCCAGGUGGCCAAGCUGACCGGACACUCCUACAGAGUGCUCUACCUGGCCAUGUCCCCUGACGGAGAGGCCAUAGUGACGGGGGCGGGCGACGAGACGUUGCGGUUCUGGAACGUCUUCAGCAAGAUGAGGUCGACCAAGGAGUCUGUGUCGGUUCUGAACCUCUUCACCCGGAUUCGGUAGCCUGGGCGGGACGGAGGAUUACAGGGGUGGAGUCAGCAGCAGCCCAGGUGGAGCUCGCCACUACGUCUGUCCACUGGGAGACCCCUCUCGAACACAAGCCUCCACCCCUCUCUCCUCCGACCUCGCCAGCCACACCCCUGGGUGGGUUGCUGUCGGCUGUGUCUCGAUCUGUGUGGAGAGGAUUGAGACCCACCCCUGC